AUGGUGCAUUCAGGCUCGCGAAGUCGACGUCUUGUGACUUACGGCUCUUCCUCGAAAGCUCAGUCUCAUUUUAACACUGUGUCUGCACGCGCCUCGACCGCUAAAUCAUCGAAAGACCUCCCUAGUACGCCUGGCUCGUCGCAUCCAUCUACAGGCGAGGUAUCAGGAACCGAGCCUGGACAUAAACAAGAAAUAUCUACAGAGACUGCUCAGGUACCAGAGCCCCGGGGAGCUUCGCGCCUGGUUACCGAGGCCAGCAUUUACGAUCUUCCGUCAUCAGAUGAGGGGGACCAGCACCUAAUCGUGCAACGCAAGCGCCGGCGCUAUGGCGCUAAUGGAAAUGCUGCCUUAACCCAACAAUCCCCUGCUGUGCGACCCAUGACUGGUUUUGGGAUAGGGGUCGGACCUCAAGAUCCUUCCACGAAGUUAGACUCAGCGAGCUCUCGAACUGAGACCUUUUCACCUCGCGAGAUAAAAGACGCGUCAGGCCGUGGAAGGCCAGGGCCGCGAACAGGCGGCCGCAAAUUAGAUUCAGGUUCUCAAAAGACCAAAGAAAGCUUGCCAAAGAAUGAUUCUCAGGCUCGCCAAACAGCUCAACCCCUCUCUCUCGAUACAAAUGGACAACCAAGCCAGUCCAGACCCGAGCGAACGUCGUACACGAACAUAAUGUCUAGUCCAAUGGAGCCUGGACCUACAAGUCCCCGAAAGCAUACACGCACUCGUGGUGGAAACACGACGCCCACCCGAAGAAGACUGAUUGAUUCACUGGGUACAAAAGAACAGUCGGCUGAUGCCUCAUCGAAUAUUACUACCACCAGCCAGCCACCUUCUCCUUUCACACCUCACAGCCCCAACCGACUGAAAGAACCCCCGCCACCAAAUAUGUGCGCUCAAACUGAGCCCAAAGACCUGGGCCAGGAUACAACUGUCGCGAUUUCGCCUCAUCUAACCGGCUCGAAAGUCACAUAUGCCCGCCAGCGUUCGUUCUUGGAUGACCUUCCGAUGGCAAGCGGGCUUCCUGAACAAAAUCCCGUGGAUAGUCUUGGGCGGGAUAGCCAAUUGAUGUCGCAACCCCGAAGUUUUGAUGAUAUCCCCCGCGCUCGCCUUUUUGAUAUCGAGGAGGUCAACAAUGAUGACGGAUCCGUUCGGAGUAUUCACGAGCUCCGCCAGGCUGGGGGAAAUGCUCGUUACCGGGGUGCUGUCGAGUCUAUCUUUGAAGACAUUGAAGAUCCCCAUAUGUCGACUUCGGGUCGAUGCAAUUCGUUCGUUCAACUUUGUGGCAAGUUGCUCGACUCGAAGCUAUCACGCCAAUUUGUCGAGUGCAGUUUUGAUAGGAGGCUGGUUGAUUGCCUAUCUAGUGACCUAGAUAUGGUCUCUGCUACACUCGCUUUAUGCGUGUUUGGUCUAAGCUCCUUGGGUCGAUCUCUACCCUAUGUUCUGGCCACCGCUGCAUGGCCCAAAUUGCUUGAUCUGUCGCCCUCUCUCCUUGGGGCCCAGACUGAUAUCUCCGCCAUAACACGCGCUCGAAACAAUAACUUGUCUAAGGCAGCUCAGAGAUCGGUGCAGAACAUAUCACCCCGAAUCAACAUAGCUCUGUUCCCUGAUGCAUCGGCACCAACGCUUUCGCCAUGCCUCAUAGCACUGCACUGCCUAAGAGUCACCAGCUCGGCAUUCCAGGCAAAGAGCGAAAUACCCGGUGGUCUGCCUGCCCCUAUGCUGAAUCAGCUUGUCAACAUUCUGCUGUCUGAAAGCUCUCAUAUUAGAGGGAAAGUUACAGUCGCCCCAGAGAGAUCUUAUGUAUUGAUCACGGGGUUAUCCAUUCUCGAGAUACAUACCACUUCCGGGGAUCCCGUUCAACGAGAUCACCACGAUGCUUUGAGUAUUCUCGCUGGCAUGCACAGCUUGCUUCAAAUGGCCAACAUGGCUAGCGAGGUGGAUGCGGUUCGCCAGCAGCUCCAAAUCCUUUAUCUUCGAGUGAUCUUGAAUGUCACUAACAGCAACCCGAUCUUGUGCGAUAAAUUUGCGACUCCAGCGAUGGUUGAAGAGCUGGCUGCCAUCACGAUGGCCAGAUUUGGCGAUCUAACCGAGGAUUCUCUUUCGCAGGAGAACAAUUCUCUCGACACCGUGAUUUUGGCAUUGGGAGCUCUCAUCAACCUGGUUGAGCAAAGUGAAGCAUCGCGAACGAUGUUUCUUAAUCCCGCCUGUGUUGCACAAUCCCUUCUCGACCAGCUUUUACGCCUCUUUUUAGCUCAUGUUGAUUCGACCUCCAAGGCCCAUUCGGUUCUGGAAGUGCACCACAAUGUCGCAGUAGGGUAUUUGGCUAUUCUGCUCCUGGCCCUCUGUCUACAUCCGGGAGCCCGUGUGCAAGUCAAAGAAUCCCUUCACCCCAAUGGACUCGCAGUCAUCAUGUCAACGGUGAAUGAAUUCUUACAAUAUCACCAGAAGAUUGAACAAGAAUCAUAUUCGGUCCAGGCAAACCGACGGGAGACAAGUGGGUUUUUGGUCCGGCUCCAGGACCUUAUCAGUCAGAUUCAACAUAUCGAUGAUCAGUGA